AUGCGUUCUUGCUUAGAGUAUCCUUAUGAAAGACUUGACAAGGACAAGGCUGUUCUCCUUGUUGUUGAUCUGCAAGACGGCCUGUACAAUGCCGUCCGCGACUUCGACCCGGUCACCUAUAAAGAGAGCAUCAUUGCGCAUGCCGCCAUCGGAAAGCUCUUUAAUCUCCCCGUUAUCCUGACUACCUCUGCCGAGCAGGGACCCAAUGGCCCCCUGCCCAAGGAGAUCACUUCUAUGUACCCCAAUGCCACCUUCAUCAAGCGCCAGGGUGAAGUUGAUGCCUGGGACAAUGAGGAUUUUCAGAAAGCUGUCAAGGCCACCAACAGAAGCCAAGUCAUCAUGGCCGGAAUCGUCACAGAUGUGUGUACCACUCACCUUGCCUUGUCCCUCCGAGCAGCCGGCUACUCCGUCUGGGCCAAUGCCGAGGCAUCCGGCAGUUCGUCCACCUUUGUCCGCGAAAUUUCCAACGACCGAAUGAGACACGCUGGUGUUCAGGUUGUGAGCCUCUUCUCCAUCGUCUGCGAUCUCAUGAGGGACUGGCGAAACGUGCCCGGUGCCUCGGAGGUGCUGCCUUACCUUGACAAGUACUUCCCUGUCUAUGGCAUGGUCGCUCGCGCUCACGCAGCUGCUCAGACCAACGGUGUUCUCCAGCCGGGCGAGGCUGGGCUCAUCUGA